UUGACUUGUACAUGUUACCCGUAUUGCGUUUAUCUCCAAGAGUCGAGUCAAAUAAUCGAGUUAUUCGAUUCAGUAUAUGAUUAGUUAGGUUUUUCCUGUAGGGUUGCCAGAUUGAUGAUCCAACUUCACUAACCUACGUGCCAAAUGAAAUCAUAAUAAUCAGAUAUCAGGGAGGGAAAAAGGUGGAUCUCGCAAUCUGGCAACUAUGGUGAGCUCCUGCGCGCCCCGCGCGUCAUGCUGCAGAGCGCAGCGGCGUGACGUCAGCGCACCGGAGCGCGCGAGCUCGGCUCCACGGGAAGAAAAUACCGGGGGAUAAACCGAUAGAGGGUUGAAUUCAGUGCCAUACAGACAACAUGUAAGGAAACAGAGGAAAUCAGAAGACACAAACCAAAACGGUAUUUUUUCAGCAUUCUGCUGAGUCGUAUUUCAGAAGGUGGAAUGUGUAUAGAUUUUUCAGCAUGUGGAUGAAGUGUAGUGUCCUACAUGUACCUGAGAUGAGUCGAGGUCUCUGGUGCCUGGCCUGUUCAGGGCGGCGCCCAGUGGCCUGAGCCUGGCAUGGCCUCUCUGGACCUGCCGUACCGCUGCCCUCGCUGCGGGGAGCACAAACGCUUCCGGAGCCUGUCAUCACUGCGCGCCCACCUAGAGUACAAUCACACCUACGAGACGCUGUACGUCCUCUCCAAAUCCAACAGCGUGUGUGACGCCGCCGCACUGCUCCCACUGGUGGCCGACAGCGCCCUGGCUGCUGAAUCCCGCUUCCCCUGCUCAGGCGACGAACUCGGGCUUGCCACGACCUCAUCCGCCGGUGCCCGCUACCUUCCCAAUGUGGAGUUCCCACUGGGUGAGAUCCUUGUGAAGAAAGCCAUGAGCUCAAUGGACCCCAGUGCCAUGGAAGCUGCUUAUGAGGAGGGCUUGGCACGUCUCAGGGCUCGGGCCUUUGAAAGGCUUGAGCUGGAUGAGAGACUGGAGAAAUUGUCUGAAGAAGUGGAGCAAAAGAUUGCGGCACGUGUGGGGAGACUGCAGGCCGAGCUGGAGAGGAAGAGCUCGGAACUGGAGAAGGCCAAGCUGGAGAGUGAAAGACUCAGCCAGGAGAAGCAGGAGCUGGAGGACAAGGCUUCAGAGCUGUCGCGGCAGGUGGACGUCUCGGUGGAGAUGCUAGCCAGCCUUAAGCAAGACCUGGUCAACAAGGAGCAGGAACUCACACACAAACAGCAAGAGGUGGCGCAGAUCGAUCAGUUCCUGCAGGAGACGGCGGCGCGGGAAGCCAGCGCUAAAGUGCGUCUGCAGCAGUUCAUCGAGGAGCUUCUGGAGCGAGCAGACAGAGCGGAGAAACAGCUCCAGAUCAUCAGCAGCUGUGGAACCACACCGAACGGGAGCCUGGGCCACUGUAGCCUGCAGGGCUCCAAGUCCAACGGCAGACAGAGGAACUCUAGUAUCUCUGGAUCAAGGGGCGUGUACCAGGUCUCAGAUCGACGUUCGUCUCCCAGUACUGGGGCGUCUGGUCGCUCGAAGUCUGUGUCCCAGGCAUCGGUGGCGGGUUAUGACAGUGACAGUGUGGAACUGCAGCCACUAGAGGACAGUCUGGAGGCUCAGUACUACCAUGGGCAGAACCGUCCCAGAGAACCCUCACCUUAUGAGCGCCGCAACUGGGGCCUCCGUAAGCAAGCCAUCCAGAACUGGCAGCGGCGGCCGUACCGCAACAGCACGGAGGGCGAGGAAGGGGACGUGUCUGACGUGGCCUCGCGCACCACCGAGUCCGAGGCGGACAUGUGGGAGCAGGAGAGGAGGGCGGAGUGUCAGCAGCAUUGCCAUCAUCGUAGCAGCUACCGGCUGGGGACAGGCCGUUCUGAGGGCUGCUACAAGCCCUGCCGUCAUGAGAAGAGCCCAUCCAAGACCAGUGAGGUGGUCAGCCCCGAGGUGCUCAAGAUGCGGGCGGCGCUUUUCUGCAUCUUUACUUACCUGGACACUAAAACCCUGCUGAGGACAGCCGAGGUGUGUCAUGACUGGAGGUUUGUGGCACGUCACCCUGCUGUGUGGACAAGAGUGCUGCUGGAGAACGCUCGCAUCUCCUCCAAGUUCUUGUGCACGCUCUCUCAGUGGUGUACGCAGACCCACUCUCUGAUCCUGCAGAACCUCAAACCAAGGCAGAGAGGAAAGAAGGAGACCAAGGAGGAGUAUCUGAAGAGCACACGUGGGUGUCUGGAGGAAGGUCUGGAAGCCUUGCUGAAAGCAACAGGAGGAAAUCUGCUCAUUCUGAAGGUGUCUCACUGUCCCAACUUGCUGACCGAUCGCUCUCUGUGGCUGGCCAGCUGCUACUGUCGAGCUCUACAGGCCGUAACGUACCGUGCAACGGAUCCGGUUGGUCAGGAGGUUAUCUGGGCUUUAGGAGCAGGCUGCAGGGACAUCAUCUCCCUCCAGGUGGCACCAUUACAUCCCUGUCAACAACCAGCCCGCUUCAGUAACCGGUGCCUACAGACGAUUGGCCGGUGUUGGCCACACCUACGAGCCUUAGGGGUGGGCGGAGCUGGAUGUGGUAUACAGGGAUUGGCUUCAUUGGCGAGGAAUUGUAUGAGGCUGCAGGUGCUGGAACUGGACCACGUCAGUGAGAUUAAUCAGGAAGUGGCAGCUGAAGUGUGUCGUGAAGGUCUGAAAGGUUUGGAGAUGUUGGUCCUCACCUCGACUCCGGUCACGCCCAAAGCGCUCCUUCACUUCAACAGCGUGUGCCGUAACCUGAAGUCCAUCGUUGUACAGAUCGGUAUUGAAGAUUACUUUGAAGACCCCAACAGCCCCGAGGCCAGAAAGCUCUUUGAUGAAAUGGUGAACAAACUCCAGGCUUUAAAGAAGAGGCCAGGCUUUUCAAAAAUCCUCCACGUAAAGGCUGAUGGUCUGUGCUAAUGUCCUCUACUGCGAGAUGAACUGCGUAUAACCCACCGACUUCUCCUUCAUGGAACAAGCUGAAGCUCUAACUUAAGUUUUAGCUACUGUGACAACGACAAAAAGGAAACUACAUAAUCACUACAGUAUUAUGUCGAAAACAAUUUAUUCGCCUGCAGCUAAACAAACGCUUUCAAGGUUUUUGGCUCCAACCGAUACUCUACCGAAGUCUUCUCGAGACCGCAUUCAAGCUGGAGAGUGUCACGUCACGUUGACCAGAUCGGAUCAGGUUUCACUGGAUAGGUUUAUAGCACAGAGCUGCAAUUUUCAGCCAAGGAAAAGAAAAAGGAAACGGUCCCAGAUUAGAGCCAUGUGGAACACCAUAAGAAUAAUAUACACACUUAAGGAAAAUGGCCUUGGAGUUGACGGCAUGCGGUGCAUUAUCGAUCUGUAUUAAACAAGAAUGAAAUUUUAAACAUCACUGACCUGUGAUCGCAUUCCAGCGAGUGUCUUGCACAAUAAGAGUACCAACUUCCUGUUUUACAAGGUAGGACCAUUUUUGCCCUAGCAAGCAGGAUGUAGAAGAAAUUACACCAACCAACGUGAAGGAUUUUCAUACCAUAACAUUCUCCUAACAUAAUCAUCACCUUCAUCUUCAUCAUUAUACUGCUAGCAAACGUCAACCACGUUCGAUAUAAACGUACUGAGUUCUGGAUCUACAUGUGGCUUUUCCAGACUCAGUGUUAAAGGUUUGACUCGCCUGUUAAUCCGAAAUUCUGCAUACUGCAUAGAAACAAAGAAACGAAAACAAACAUCAACCUCAUGGAGCUUCCAUGCAGCUCAGCUCUCAUUAGCACCAUUUGCUAACAGUUCAAAUAAACAUGUACAAAGUGCCAUAACUGUAGGGGUGAGCAACAUGGCCGAAGUAUCCGGAAACUUUCACAAUCUCUAGCUUUGUUAGCAGAUCUGCAGAACACACGAUAUUUCAUCAUGGCAGUUUUCAUCGUUUUACUUAACAUAAUUUUUUCACUUAUUACAAAGUAGGAAAAUAAAAUCAUGUAUUAAUGCCCGACCUGCGAACCUUUGUUUAAACAUGUAAAGGGAUUGUGGGAAAAAAAAUCUUUCAUAAAGAAAUUGGGGAUAAAUUAAUAACCAAAUACUGAAAAUAAAUUCAUGUUAAAAUGAACACUGACCAUUUUAACUACAAAAUCUUAAAAUUCCUCCAUUUGGUGAUGUUUUAUUUUAAUAUCCGUGAAAUAAUUUGGAAAUUAAAAUCAAACAUGCUGAAUAUUUUAAUAAAACAUUUUAAACAAUACGGUCAAACUACUAUUAAAAAUAUACGAUACGAUCUUACGUGGCCGUAUUGCUCCGGACCUGCUCACGACGGUUGCGCUGUAAAAAUCACAUGGUCAUAUCGCUCAGGUGUGGCACCUUUCACAUUCUGCCUUCAGUCCUUACAAAAUCCUAUAUUUUACACUCUUAAGGAAAAACCUGAACAUUUAAAGGGAAUUUUUCAGUUUGUUCCUUAGUGUGAACCAUUAAACAGGUUGGUUUUCUUAUCAGAGAUGAUUUCAAGAACCAAGGAACCCAUGAGGAACCCCUGAGGAACCCUUGAGUAAAGUUGGAACUGAAUAGCUCUCAGUAGAUAAAUCUUCAACACCUCUGUAUCUGAGCUUGGGAGGUCUUUUAACAUUUCUUACAAAUCCAUCCUUUUUUUUGCCAUUUCCAUAUUAAACCACGACUUAAGACCUUUCGGCGCAUCAGAGCUCGACCUCUACUCAAGCAAAUGCAAUAACUGCCAUGAUGCAGGUGUCGUGAGGAUUUUGGAGAACUUACAGUUCCACACCAGUUUUGUCAUCAAGCUGUUCCAGGGUUUAGAGCUUCAACCUUUUUACUCCAAGUGCUUUAGUCCAAGGAAAUCACUUCCUGUUGUGUGGUGCAGUACUUCCUGUAUUAAAUCCCCACAUCGUGUUUCUCAAUUUCUAAAUUUAUUCAACUCUGCAGUUUCACUGAGUCUUUCACCUCACAGUGACUUUCC